AUGGCCGAUCCUCCAUCGCCAUCUCGAUCUCCGCUCCCGCCCCGCAAUCCUGCUAGUGCGACCCUCCGGCGCCGUGGGUUUGUGUCGCGUGCUUCACUCGAGCCCGAGUUGCCCCAGCGUCGCAAUUCGACGCUGUCAGAUACCUUAUCAGAGGCCCGUAACUCGAUCCGCUCGUCCACCGAUGACCUGUUCCUUCCAAAGGUCGCCAGGGGCAGUGAGCCGACAGAUGACCCCGGGUCGCAUUGGCACUCGGCGCCGCUGGUUCUGGCCCUCCUCCCGGCCAUCGCAGGCGUCCUGUUCAAGAAUGGAAGCGUGUUCGUCACCGACGUCACUUUGAUAGUUCUUGCUGCCAUCUUCCUCAAUUGGUCUGUACGACUGCCAUGGGACUGGUACCGCUCCGCUCAGGCCAUCCAGCGGGAGCCAUCCGUGUACGCAGCAGCCUCCACUGAGCCAGUCGAGUCCGAAGGAGAAGGUAACGACGAAACGGCGGGUCUAAGCGAAAGCACACAGAAGCCCUCCCUCCUGCAAGCAUCCGUGGAAGCAAACGCCGUCAAAGAGCUCCAAGUCCACGAGCUAGCUGCCCUCGCCUCAUGUUUCGUCUUCCCAGUAAUUGGCACAUGGCUUCUGCACGGCAUCCGCUCCAGUCUCUCGCGCCCCUCCGAGGGUCUUGUCUCAAACUACAAUUUGACCAUCUUCCUCCUCGCUUCCGAGAUCCGGCCCGUCGCCCAUCUCCUCAAACUAGUGCAGGCGCGAACACUGCACCUCCAGCGCAUCGUUUCUACCGCCGACGACUCCCACGUCGACCCGGACAAGGUGCAAGACCUAAGCAAACGCCUCGAGGAACUCGAAGCACACGUCGCAGAGACGGCAGCUGCGCGCCUCGCCAAAGGCGCGCCGCAAUCACCCAACGAGCAACCGGAUGCACCAUCCCUCGUGGCCCAGGCUGUCCUCGAAGCCCGCCACGCGAUCCAGCCGGACAUCGAAGCACUUAACCGCGCGGUCCGCCGCUACGAGAAACGCACCGCCUUCAUAGCCCUACAGUCUGACGAGCGAUUCCAAAAUCUGGCAACUCAAUCGUCGACCGCCCUCUCCCUCGCAGCUGCUGCCCAGCGCUCUGUUGACUCCCGCCAUGCGUCGUAUGCAUUCACCCUCGUAGACUGGGUCUGCGCCUGCAUCGUCAUUCCCACACAGCUAGCCUUCGCCAUGCUGAAUCUGCCCAUCAAGGCUGUCAAUCGCGGUGUCGCGUACGUGCAACAGAUGCUGGGCAUUUCCAGGGCUGUCAAGCCCCGGUACAAGGCUAAGGGCAAGGCAGUGGGGACACCAAAGAUUCAAUCAGAGUCGCCACCGCCGAUGAAGACCAGGCUCCAGCCUCAGGGGGACAUAGCACCCUUCACGUCGCAACAUAAGCAGCCUGUGAGUAGGAGUCGGGGAGCUGCAGGUUAA